CCUGUCGCCGCACUAUCAUUCUCUCUCCCGCUCCUUUCGUAGUCGCUCUUUUAUCAUCUUCGCACGCUGACAUUCCAAAGUCAACACACUAUUUGUCCUCGUCUGAGCACGCGCACACGGUCUGCAAUGUCUAUGCUCUUCACGCUUGCGCUCGCCGGCCUUGCCAUCGCAUCGCCUACUCCCAUCCGUCCCAAGAACGUAACUGCACAGAACAUUACCACACUUAGUCAGUCUGUGAUCAAUGGCUUCACGCCAUACACGUGGUACGCUUCCGCGGGGUACUGUCAACCCAACGCGACUCUCGCCUGGACCUGUGGCACGAGUUGUGACAACAAUCCUGGCUUUAAACCGAUUGCAUCUGGCGGGAAUGGUAACUCGGUUCAGUUUUGGUUCGUUGGGUACGAUCCAAGCCUGAACGAGGUCAUCGUUUCACACCAGGGCACCGACCCCAAGGAGUUAGACUCACUUCUCACUGACGCUGAGAUCUUCCGCGGUCAACUCAACAAGGACUCGUCUCUCUUCCCUGGGAUUGAUGAUUCAAUCGAGGUGCACGACGGAUUCAAGGACGCUCAGGCUAACACUGCAACAGACAUCCUCGCUGCCGUGCAAGAAGGGAUGUCUCAGUAUAACACGAGUGCAGUCACGCUCACAGGGCACUCCCUCGGCGCCGCCAUUGCGCUCCUUGACUCGGUUUACUUGCCCCUGCACCUCCCACACAAUACUACCUUCAAGACGACUGUCUAUGGUCUCCCGCGCGUGGGCGAUCAAGCGUUCGCGGACUAUGUCGACAAGCACGUUUCACAGCUUACACAUGUGAACAACAAGGAGGACCCAAUUCCGACUUUACCAGGUCGGUUCCUUGGUUAUGCGCAUCCAGCAGGGGAAGUGCAUAUCGAGGACUCCAACGAAUGGGAUGCCUGCUUCGGCCAGGACAACGAGAGCAAGAGAUGUAUUGUCGGCGAUGUACCUAACAUCUUCGACGGUAACCUCGAGAACCACGAUGGCCCUUAUAACGGCAUCAUCAUGGGCACGGGAUGUUAGUUAUAAGCUGAAUCCUGUCAGGAUUAACAAUAUGGGAACUAUACCUUUUGCUUCCGAUGUCAGCAAGGGCUCUGCAGAUAUACCCUUCGACCUGCACCGCAAUCAUUUUCAGAACCGUUCUUUUAUAUGUCGCACUUGGACUCAAAUAUAGAUACCCCUGAACCAACC